AUGACGACCCCGACCCACGGCAGCGACAUCUUCGAGUCGAACCUAUAUGAAGGCCACCCGAACCUGUCCGAGCUGGAGGCGGAGGUGCUCUGGCAGUAUGCCAAGCUUGCACAGAACAUGAAAGAGCUUAUUGCAGAGACAAAACGAGUUAGUGAGGCCCCGGAUGAGACUUUGUUGAGGAGGGUGAGGGCACUGGAGGUCAAGAUGGGUUUGGUUCUGACACUGUUCAAAGCCUCGGUUUGGGCGGUCAUCAACGAACAGCCUGCCGAGGACACUGCCCAGUACGCAGACUCGUUCGCAGAGCAAGCAUGA